ACAGAUUGGAAGGAACACACAGUUAUUUUUAGAAUGAGCAUUGAAAUUUGAGUAUUUUCUUCAACGAUUGGAACAAAUAAAACGAUAUCCCCUCAAGGCAGUUCAUGAGCUUGUUUGUGGUUUAUCUCUGCAACGCGCGGAUGCGUCAUUCGCCAGUCGACCGUGGCACAGGCUCGGUAUUAUCAUCGAGUGUAAAUCAUUCGCACUUUUCGGCAUGUAUGAUCUUUCGUACGAUUUCCAAUGUCUGCUCCAGCGAGUAAAUCCCCUCCGAUAUUCGAUGUCGCCAAGUUGUAACCCGUCAAGUAGAAUAGUGAUAUCGCCGAUUCCUGGAGAGUAUAAUUUCCACAAAUCCUCAAAAAUUACCAUCCAAAGAUGUUCUGCCUUUCAGAAAAGCCUACAAGUGAAAUAACAGAAACCAAAAAUGAAUUUGGUUGGUGGAUGAACGACAAAAAAAUGUUAAUAUCGACCCCAAUUUCAAAAAAAUUCCAAAAAUCCUCUCCCUCAAUUUCAGAAGAGCCGGAGGAUUUCAAUUUAGUCCAGGAAUCAAGUUUUAGUUCAGAAAUUUCAAAAUCAGAAGGACUGGAAAUGAAAUCCUUAAAUGAUAGUCUUGAUUCUCAAACUGAAGAUAAUCAAAGUUUUCUCGCAAAUUUAAAUAUCAAAAGUGAAAAGAAAGACUUUAUUGCAAGCGAUAAUAAUUUAAUUAAAAAUCAAGAAAAAAAUUUCGAGAAUUUUGAAUCUGAAAUUGAAGAAAAUCUGACUAAAAACAGAGGGAUUUCCUACACUCCGGAAAGAUUAGUCAAAUUAGAAGAAUACAAAAUCAUCUCCCCUCCUUUACAAUCCGCUUUUAUUCACUCUUCGAAGUACAGACAAACAAAAUUGAGUGAACUUAUCGAUCGAGAGCAAAUAGGUGCAUCUUAUUUGGAAAUCCUAUUGUGUCCACGUAUAGCAGAAAUAAAAGAUUACAGUUCUUUCGAUUCGGCAGGUUUUGCAGUUAAAAACGAAAUAAAUAAUCAAAACGGUAAAGGCUUGUCCAGUGGCAGCUCAGAUUUCGAGAAACUCAAGAGUCUUUGCUUGAAAGAGAAGGGUAGGAACCACAAGUUCUCUUUUGAGGAGAAAGACACUUCCCGAAUUCAAAGCACUGGAUGGAGUCCGGAUAUUUCGAGUGAUCUCACACAAGUGCCCCUUCGACUCCAAGAACUAAGCAACCUCCUUUCAAGCAGUCCAGAGGAGGAACAAUUUUUUUUCGAGGAUGCAGAAAUAGAUUCCGAUUAUCUGGAAAAUUUACCGAAUGUUAUUCAAGAUCAGGAAAAUUUGUUCCAACUUCAAUCUCGAGUUGAGAGGCUUCGAGCUAUCAAUGAAAAUAUUCACAAAGAUAUUGGCACAUUAAAGGAAGACUUUCAGAUUGAAGAGUGGAAAGUGCAAGACUUAUUGGAAGACACGAGCAAUUUUCGAAGAGAAAUGCAAGACCUGAAAUAUUUAGACGACCUUUUGAAUCUCCUUCAAGGCGAACUCGAAAGAAUCACUCAAAAAAGUUGGCCCUUCAUAUCGGGCCACGUAGAUCCAUAUAGUGAGGAAAUUAAUUUAAUUGUAUAAAAAAUAAUUUUGUCAGUUCUCUUAUUUUUUUAAUAAUCGACGAGGUUCUAAAUAAAAAUAUUUUUUUUUUU